ACGACAUCUCACACACAUCCGCUGAAUGCUUCACUGCUCUUUAUGUAACUUUUCCUGCUGGAGCUGUUAUGAAACUUCAGCUGUGUAUUACACCGAUUACAUUCUAACAAUUCUCUGAACUCGUGGUAGCAUUAUGCAGUUGGAAGCCCCCCUGCGGCUCUGUCACAACUGUCUGUGGUACUAUAAGUUCUCUCAGCGUCUACUGUCACUUUCAGCAGCACAUAGAUCACCUUCAAGCUACUAUGAACUUCUUGGUGUUAAACCUGAUGCAUCGCUGGAAGAAAUAAAGAAUGCAUUUUUUGACAAAUCCAGAAAGCUUCACCCUGACAGUGAUCCAGCUAACCCAAACCUGCACAGUCAGUUUGUGAAGCUGAACGAGGCUUAUCGGGUGUUAAGCAAACAAGGUACCCGGAAGGAGUAUGACCUCCGACUGAGGCACCACUUCACUGCAGAGGAGGGUUUUAGACCUCACGCCAGAUACACAUACACCAGCAGUGCUGCAGAAACGUCUGAUAACUCGCGCUACUGGGAGCAGUUCCGGAAUGCUCAGGACAACACAGAGGAAGAUUGGCAGAAAAAGAAAAAGAAGAAUCUGCAACUGGUGGGCUACUGCACGGUCGGCAUGCUUCUCAGCAUUGGUGCUCAUUACUUUGUAUUCAGGAAGCUAGAGGAAGUCCAUAAUAACUUCAUGGAUGAAAAGGACAGAGUCAUCACUGAAAUCUACAAUGAGUCUAAAGAGAGAGCCAGGGUAAAUGGCUUUAAGAAGCAACAGGAGAUCCUACGCCAGAAACAUGCUGAGUUUUUGGAGAGAUAUAAAAUUCAGGGCAAAGAGAAGUAGAAACAUAAAAGUAAGAUUAUAAGCAAAGGGACAAGCUUUAAAGAGGAACAGUCAUGUUUGUAUAUUAUAAGUGUAUCUAUAAGUGCAGAAAUGCCCUUAUAAUCCCAGGGUUUUAAAAAAUGGCAUUAUAUUUUCAGAGAAAGCUAAAUAAAAGUGAAUGUGUAAGGUCACUGAUUCUUAUAGAAAAAAGAAUUGUAUGUUAAGCACUGCCCAGUUUAUCCUGCCAAAUCGAUUUUUGGAAGAUGAGUUCUCGUGCAUGGUAAAGACAAUGUUCAGAUUUUUGCCUUUUUAUAUACACUAUAUGGCCAAAAGUAUUUGGACACCUGACCAUGAGUUUGUUGGACAUCAUAUUUAAAAAACCAAAUAGUAUUAAAAUAGAGUGAUCUCUAUGACCUCUGUCUUUUUAGCUAUGACAACAGACACUCGUCUGAAAAGACAUCUUAUGUACAGUAUGUGGGAAUUUGUGCUUAUCUAGUAAAAGAGCAUUUGUAUGGCUGGGCACUGAUGUUGGUCAAGAAAACCAAAACCAGUUCAUUCCAAAGCUGUUCAGUGGGUCUGAGGUCAGGGCUCUGUGCACGACACUGUUUUUUUUAACUAAGUUUUUCUACAUGUCUUUAUAGACUGUGCUUUGUGCACAGGACAUGCUGGAACGAGACGGGGCCUUCCCUAAAUUGUUGCUGCAAAGUUGGAAGCAUAUAAUAUCAUUUUCUUUUUUUAUAUAUAAUUGAUUUAUAACAACUGUUAGCAAAAUAUUUCAUAGCCGAAAUACAUUUAAUUUAAUAAUUAAUGACAUGACUGUUCUAUCUUUACUUUGGGUGCAAAAAGUGGUAGCAGCUGAAUGUACUGGAUAACACAAAGGUGCUUUUAUAUUAGAUGUUUAAUAACUGUUUACAUCUUUCGGAUAUCGUUACAUUAGGCCUUAUUUGUGACGUACUAAAAACAAUGAUGUACAAAACGAUGUGCAGCUUUUGUGAAGCUUUGAUGGAGCACUUUAUAAGGUUAUGAACUUUUAUUACUCCACUGUACAAUCUGGGUCGUAUGCAGACAGGUAAUGGUCACUAUUGUGUCAGAGUGGCUUUUUCUCAUCAGCUGUCAAACACCUACUUAUUUGUGUGCAGCAUUAGAUUUACUGGGUGGUGUUUAAACUGCACCUGGACAAGGUGUUUUGAAAACCUUGCAUUCCUGACAAAGUCAAAACACGGUUUAUAGCUUCCAGUGUUGAGUUCUGUGUAAGUGUGUGUGUGUAUGUGUGUGUUUGGAGAGCAUGUUGGACAGAAUGGUGGCUGCGUGCUACCUGGCUUGGAUUUUAGAAACGAAAAAAUGAUAGUCUUUUCAAUUAUAAUGCAGUUCUGAAGUAUCAAAGGUCUGUCAGGAGUGUUAACUUUAAACAGGCUAUUUGAGGUUUUUUUUUUUACUGAUGCCCCUAUAGGAACAGGGUACCAAGUAAAGAUAUAUUAAUUAAUAAAGAUAUAGUACAGACAAACAAAUGCACAUACAAAUUUGGAUGAUGGGAUUAUGAAAUUAAGAUGCUAUUAGGUUUCACCAUAGAUUAAAAUUUAAUACAGGUUAAACCUGAUGAGACAGACUUGCUAUAAUCUACAAGAUUCAUAAACAGAUAAAAACCUAAUAGAACAAGUCUGCUUUAUUGAUGUUUGGUUAAAAAUUAGGUAUUCAGUUAUACAAGCUCAGAUUCAGAAGUAUUUGAGAAACAUUAGUUCAGUUGCUGACAGGCUACCAAAAAUGCUAACUUAUUAGAGAUGCGAAAGCAAUAGUAAGUAACAAACUAGUACAAUAAAAAAAAACAUGCCACACAUUGGCGUAGUGUAGGUACUGCAUGGGUCCUGAGGAUGAUCCUUACCUUUAGUCACUGUGAGAAGUACACAUAGAGCUAAAUGUUACACUUCAUAUGCAAUGCGGCUCUCUAUAAGAAUCCACUGCCAGCUGGUGUAAAGAAGCAGUUCUCAACUACAUGUGUGCCGGAGGGGGUGGAUGCUAGUCCAUGGGUGUCCUAAACCACGGUUGAGGUAGUGACGGAGGAAAAAGGGAUUGAAAGAAGGGUGUGGCAGCGGAAUAACGGAAUUAAAAGAAGGGUAAAGUAAAAGACACUCAUCCCUUGCCUUCUUUCUCAUUUUGCAUUUGGUUAAAGACUUUAAACUAUUUUCAGGAGUGGCGAGUGAGUUAGCAAAUUAGUGGAUGGUCACUGCUCAGCUCUAUUAUCAUGGCUUUGCUGUGUGUACUGGACAACAGAUAAAAAUAUGUCUUGAUGGACACAUGGCAUAUUAUUCUGUUUUUUGUGGACACAUUUAUCAUCAGCAAUCCUUGGUUUGGAUUUUUCUUUUUGCUUUUUCAUGCAUGAUAUCUUCAGUCUUUGCUGCUCUAUUAUUCUGUCUUUGGCAGCUGUAGAAAUGAAAGCAACUGUCAUCUGCAGAUGUUUCUCACUGAAAUUGUAAAGAAUUCCCUGUAGAAUUACUCGCCUUGGUACAGAAACAUUAAACAUUGUGUUUCUCUGUUGCUGUGUUCUGUUAUAUUAUAUUAUCUAUUGGUUAGCUGUUCCUGCAAUAAUAAUAAUUAAACAAUAAAC